AUGCCUCAAGCGAAAUUCCUAGUUGUUGAAGUAUUUGACUGCUGGGGCAUAGACUUCAUGGGACCGUUUCCGAUGUCUUUUGGCAACUUGUAUAUCCUCUUGGCGGUGGAUUAUGUGUCACGAUGGGUUGAGGCCAUUGCAACUCGUACAAAUGAUCAUAAGUUGGUGCUCGAGUUUCUUAAGGAGUAUAUCUUGUCGCGGUUUGGGGUCCCUUGUGCCAUUAUUAGCGACCAAGGGUCUCAUUUCUACAACAGGUCUUUCGAAGCUUUGAUAAAGAAAUACGGCAUUACGCACAAAGUCUCCCUCGCAUAUCAUCCUCAAACCAACGGUCAAGCCGAGCUUGCCAACUGUGAGGUAAAAAGCAUUCUUGAGAAAACGAUAAAUCCCAAUCAGAAGGAUUGGUCUUUAAGGUUGACCGAUGCUCUUUGGGCAUAUCGUACUGCAUACAAGACCGUUUUGGGUGCUUUGCCCUAUCGGCUUGUAUAUGGUAAGGCAUGCCACCUUCCGGUGGAGUUAGAACAUAAGGCGUAUUGGGCUAUUAAGCAGUUAAACUAUCGUUUGCCCGAUGCCGGAGUUCACCGUAAACUUCAAUUGAAUGAGCUUAAAGAGAUCCGUAGAGAUGCAUAUGAUAAUACAAAUAUUUACAAGUCUAAGGUUAAGGAUUUACAUGACAAGCACAUUCAAAGGAAAAAAUUUGAAACGAUUUUCCCUCAUGGGGCAAUUGAAGUGACGAACCCCGUGAAUGGUAAUGUUUUUAAGGUAAAUGGGCAAAGGCUUAAGCCAUUUUUGGAAAAAAUUUCGGUAGAGGAAAUUAAGGAGUUAGUCGCACCGGUGUAUCCGGUUGACCUUGUUGUUUGA